AUGGCUAGGGACGGUGACUUGCCUACAAUAUUUAAUCCAAAGCGGGUCCGCGCGCCGUCAGUCAUCAUUACCAGCGAAGAGGUGGAAACUGAUCAAGGAGCUGGUGGGGAUGUCGAAAGGGCGAAUGGACCACCCACACCCUUGAGUCCACGUGCGCCUCUUACGCCCCAAACUUCUGUGUCAUCAGCACCGCCCCUGACUACUCAACCAUCGCUUCAGCAAGCUUACAGCGAAUCAGCUACAAGCAGCCAAGAUGAAGAGCGCCAGCUUCGUGACAAAAAGUGUCCUCGAUCUUGUUGUUCCAAGUUUGCAAAGAAGAUAUACUGCGGCAUCUGCGUGACGGUGGUGCUGGUGGCCUCGUGGGUCGCGGUGACCCACUGCGUCAAGUACAUGUACCUGCAGGAGUAUCCGCCGGCGCAGGACGCGCCGCAGAGCGCCGACCCGUCCACCUACAACUUCACCUCGAAAGUCCCCACCCACCUGUACAACGCGCCGUUCUUCACGGCGUGGUUCUGCACGAACUGGCUGAUCCUGUUCUACCCGCUGUACGUGAUAGUGAUGCUCAUCCACAACAAGUGCAAGUCGGCCCACGACAUCGUGUUCGACGCUUUCAGUGACUUCAAAGAAAAGGGAUUCACAUUUGCCCGUUUCCUGAGCCGAUGCGGCCUCUUCUGCCUGCUGUGGGUGCUCAGCGUGUACAUGUACACCUACGCCCUCCGUAUACUGCUGGCCACGGACACCGUGGCCCUGUUCGCCACGAACGUCUCCUGCAUCUACCUGCUCUCCUGGGUCAUCCUUCACGAGCAAUUCGUCGGCGUGAGGAUCGUCGCCGCCAUCUUGUGCGAUACGGGAAUAGCUCUUUUGGCGUACAUGGACGGCAUCACGGGCAGCUCCACGCUGGGCGGCGUCGUGCUGGCAGCCUGCGCCGCCGCCGGCUUUGCUAUAUUCAAGGUACUGUUCCGCAAGGUGAUGGGCGAGGUGAACUCCGGCCAGCGGGCGCUGUUCUUCACCAUCCUGGGGACGGUGAACGCCUCGCUGUUAUGGCCCGUCUGCCUCGCGCUCUACCUCGCCGGCUCCGAGAGUCUGCCGACCCACAAAAUGCCCUGGCUUCACCUGCUCCUGGCCAGCGUCGCACUCCUCGUGUUCCACCUCGUGUUCCAGUUUGGCAACAUCCUGACGUACAACAUUUUCGUAUCGCUCGGUCUGAUCACAGCCGUUCCCGUAUCAGCAGGGCCUGGUGGAUCAGUGGCCGCGUGUUUGCUCGGUGAAAAGCUGUUUUUGCUUCAAAUCCCGGCCAGGUGGAGCCGGCGGCGGCAGCGCGGCCAGCCGGGCGCCGGGCGCAGCCGCGACGCGAUGGACUACCGCACCGGCUACAUCCGCUCCCACCUGCGCUCGCCGUCCGGCCGCGUCAGAAUAGCUUCACGUCAGCCGAGGCCGCAAAUCGCCCCGACCAUCACCGAGGAACGCGUGCUCCCGCUGUGUUCGCAGACGUGGUUCGCUUCGAGUCGGCAACUUGUAAUACUCUGUGCAGAC